GGGGUUGUGCCGUGUCCCCGGGCGGAGCUGUGUCCAUGCCGGCCGGGGCAGCCUGAAGCGGGGACAUGGAGCAAGUUCCUUGGCCCCGCCCCAGGCGCCGCUUCCCAGGGAGGGGCUGGAAACCAAGUCCCGGCGCCGGGCGGAGGCCGCGGCUGUAGCUCCGGGUUCACAAAUAAGGAGAGAGAUUUUUCAAGGAAUCAGGAUUGUACAGAAUGGGAAAGUCCCAUGAGAAGCAAGGAGCUUGAUCAGUUUUUCAGUGCUCUUUGUCCAUGUUCUUCUGGAAGAAGAAAAGAUGAAGAUUGAUUUCCUUAUGAAAAAACAAUCUCUGUAACCACUGACCAAAACUAUGUGCUAAAACCAGAAAUCUUGACAAAAAUGGGAAUAUUUGUGUUUUUUGUGAUUUACAGUUUAAUCUUAACCCUGAUCCAAGGGCACAGUCUGUUCACCUGUGAACCAAUUACUGUUUCCAGGUGUACAGGAAUGACAUACAAUAUGACAUUUUUUCCAAAUAUGAUGGGACAUUAUGACCAGAACACUGCUGCUGGCCAAAUGAAGCCUUUUCUUCCUCUUGUGAAUCUCCACUGUUCUCCAGAUGUCCACACAUUUCUGUGUAAAGCAUUUGUGCCUGCCUGCGUGAAGCAAAUUCAUGUGAUUCACCCUUGUCGAAGACUUUGUGAGAGAGUGUACUCCGACUGUAAACAGUUGAUAGACACUUUUGGGAUCACCUGGCCGGAGGAACUGGAAUGUAACAGACUGGAGGAUUGUGAUGAAACUGCUCCUGUCACUGCUGCUAUAACCACAAAGGUCCAUGGAACACAGAAGACCCCAGGGCAGGCUCGAAGGGACUAUGGAUUUUGGUGUCCACGGCAUCUGCAGACUUCCAAUGGACAAGGCUACAAGUUUUUGGGAAUCGAUCAGUGUGCACCCCCAUGUCCCAAUAUGUACUUCAAAAAUUAUGAGCUGGAUGUUGCCAAAAGCUUCAUUGGAAUAGUUUCAAUUUUUUGCCUUUGUGCUACUCUGUUCACAUUCUUGACUUUUCUGAUUGAUGUUAAAAGGUUCAGAUACCCAGAGAGGCCAAUCAUAUAUUAUUCAGUCUGUUACAGUAUAGUGUCUCUGAUGUACUUCAUUGGCUUUUUGCUGGGAAAUAGAACUGCUUGUAACAAGGCAGAUGAAAAGUUAGAAAUUGGUGAAACAGUUGUUCUUGGCUCUCAAAACAAAGCCUGCACUGUCCUUUUUAUGGUUUUGUAUUUUUUCACUAUGGCAGGAACGAUAUGGUGGGUGAUUCUUACGAUCACUUGGUUCCUAGCAGCAGGAAGAAAAUGGAGCUGUGAAGCUAUUGAACAAAAGGCAAUGUGGUUCCAUGCAGUUGCAUGGGGCAUACCUGGUUUUCUCACCAUUAUGCUUCUUGCAAUGAACAAAGUUGAAGGGGACAAUAUCAGUGGAGUUUGCUUUGUUGGUCUCUAUGACCUGGAUGCAUCUCGAUAUUUUGUCCUUUUGCCUUUGAGCUUUUGUGUUUUUGUUGGUCUCUCUCUCCUUUUAGCUGGAAUUAUUUCUUUAAAUCAUGUGCGGCAAGUCAUACAGCAUGAUGGCAGAAACCAAGAGAAGCUAAAGAAAUUUAUGAUUCGAAUUGGAGUCUUUAGUGGCUUAUACCUGGUACCACUGGUGGCACUUCUUGGAUGUUAUGUUUAUGAGCAGAUGUAUAGGAGAAUCUGGGAGACCACUUGGGUCUUUGACCAUUGUGAUCAGUACCAUAUUCCCUGUCCUUACCAGGCAAAGGCAUUAGCUAGACCAGAAAUAUUUUUGUUUCUGAUGAAGUACCUGAUGACGUUAAUUGUUGGCAUCUCUCCAGUAUUCUGGGUGGGAAGUAAAAAGACCUGUUCUGAAUGGGCCAGUUUCUUCAACAGAAAUCGCAAGAGAGAUCCAAUCAGUGAGAGUCGAAGAGUGUUGCAAGAAUCAUGUGAAUUUUUCUUGAAGCACAAUUCUAAAGUUAAACAUAAAAAGAAGCACUACAAAUCCAGGUCACACAAACUAAAGGUUAUUUCUAAGUCUAUGGGAACUAGUACAGGUGCUACAACAAAUCAUGAAACUUCUGCAGUGGCUAUUACUAACCCUGAUUACUUAAGCCAAGAGAAUUUCACAGAAAUUAAAACCCCUCGAGAAACAGCUGAGAAAGAGAUGGAGGCAGAUGGAACAUCCACCCAGAAAGUGGAGGAGGGGGAGAAUACUGGUGGUGAACAUGUCCUACAAAUAUCUACUUCUAAACUGGCUAUGGAACAGGUGGAAAAGAGCAGCAAGGCAGACAACACAGUUGAUAUGAUUAGCUUAUCUGAGAGUAUGAAAAGAAUGUGUGAAGGAAGGGUAUCUCCUAAAAGUGAUUUUACUGAAACUCAUCCACUACAAGUCAGUCAUUCACAGCUACCCAGUGUUUCACAACCAGGCAGUACCAGCGGCUCCAUAUCAAUGCUUGUCCACUCGGCUUCAGACACUAGAAAAGAUCAGGAUUCUGGAAACAGUUCAAAUCCUUGAAAGAUUAGAAUUUCCAAAUGAAUGAUUUCAGUUUAUGAAACUGUUAUGGGUUUGUAUUACAUUGGAGAUUACUGAUGCUUUGUGCCUUGUAAAAAUACCACAUACAUAUCCCUUGUUUUGCACUUAAAAGUUACACUACAUAGUGGAGAGGUCUAGCAAUAACCACUGUAUUUAACCUCAUAAGAGAGUACUGGAAACUGAAGUUCUAAUAGCACUCAACUGGGCAGGUCAGCAGUAAUUUAAGAGAAACAGAAAUGAGAGAAAUAAAUCUUUUUCUUUUUCAAUACAUGAACAUGCUGUUAAAUGACAGCAAAAAUAAUUGAUGGAAGACAGUUGCGUUAUUUUGAAGCAUAAACAUUUAAUUUGCUUCACUGGUGUCUUUCAGUCUUCCUAUUAACUUUUCUUUUUAAAGUAACUGCAUCUUAAACAGCUGUGUCAUUUAAAAUAAUUAGAAGUUACACAAAUCUAUGGAUAUCUUUAAUGUGUAAAUGUCUCAUGAUGUACUAAUCUUAGCACUGUAUUAUGGUUGUUUCUACACUGAAUCUGAAAAGGAUUCUGGAAUUAUAGUGAUUUAUUUUGUAGUUAAAAAUGAAUCUUGUAAAUAACUUAUUUUUAUAAACUCAACAUUAAGAACUACUGUUUUGUUUGUUGCACAACUCUGAUAACUAAGGUGCUUCCUUCUAGUACCAAUAAGAUCAACAAUAUUGUGCUGAUAAGAUGACAUGAUUUCCUUCUGAGCAAUAGUCACUACAGGAUAAUAUAACCUCCACAUCUAGAGCAAGAUUGUGUCUGAUCCUUCCACAGAUGAGAAAGGAGAGACACCUUUACUUUUGCACACCUACUGUUACCCCAAAAACAGACCCAGGGUACCCACUGAAUAGCUCAUCUAGUCUCCCAUUCCCGGGUUUACCAGAGGUUCCUUUCAAGGUAACCUACUUACCUAUUAAUCUAUUUCUGCAAGGUAAAAAGUGGGCCUGCCCUAGAGGAGCUACUUGGGUUCACCAGGUUCUCUUCAAGAGACUCCCCAGAAUAGCUUAGACCUGUUAUCUCUGGGAGGACAUGGAUACGGCCUUCCAUUAUAACUGAUUGACACACAGGCAAUACUUUUUCUAAAACAAAGUAUUUUUUAUUUAUCCUAAAUUAUAUUCCCUGAUUCAAUCAUUACUCUUGGGGGAAUUCUGCGCCACUCUGCAUGUGCAGAAUUUAUGUCCUCUGCAGAUUUCUUUGUUUCCCCUCAGAAAAAUGACUUUCUGACUGGUAAGCAAAGGGAAGCCACAAAAGCAGUCAUGCAGCCCUCCCAGCAGUAUGUUUCUGGUGCCCUGGGCAGCUGGCAGAGAGGUAAAUCAGUGUGGGAUGGGGGCAGGACUGGGGAAGACACGGUCAUGGCUCCUACCCUGCUAGGCCUGGCUGGGCUGGGGAGGACAGGACUUCCUCUUCCCCUGCAAGGCAUCCAGUGCUGGAUCAGACUGACCCCCAGAUUUCAGUUUGCAUGAGCACAUUCCAAUUGUCAGUUUAUUAACCUCAAUAUUGUGGUCUGCUGUUGCCACUCUAUUUCCCUGCCAAUUUAGUUAAUCAUACCUAAUCUCGCCGCCGCCGCCCUAUUUUCAGCUAAUCGUGGCAAAAUGAUGCCCACCCAGGGCUGUGCUGAGAAAACAGAAUAGAGUAGUUCAAAAAUCUCUUAUCACUACACAAGGGCUGAGCUAAGGGAUAGUAGGAGUGGGAGAGAUUUGUGUCAGUAUCAGUGCAAAGAGAUGGGGCAGAGAAGCGGCAGAGAUAUAACCCUGCCUAACAUUUUCACUGACUGUUCUCCUCAAAAAGAUGCAGCCUUUAUGCAUUCCAUACAGGAAUGGUGCAUGAGGUGUGCAGCUCCACUUCAGAAAGGAUACUUCCCAGAUCUUCUGCUGGAGUGGUGUUUCACUCACCCCCAGUGAGGAGGCACAACAAAGCUCUAAGUAUACAAGAACGUCAUGUUCUGAAGCUCAUUUUUCUAAAAAUCCAAUGUUAAAGAUUCUCUGUAGAGAAGUAUGAUCUUGCAGAAAAAGCAACUUUUGAAUAUUAACAUGCAAAUUCAUCAGAUGAGGUUUUCACUUAAAACCGGACAAUAAUGCAUUUUUCACGUGCCAUAAUUUUUUUCCCCCAUGCUUUAAUGGUCUGUUUGUGUAUAUAUAGAAAUACCACAUUUUCUUUAGAUUUUUUUGGUAUUAGGGCCCAAUUCCCCCACUCCGAGUAGUCCUUACUACCGGAGGUAGUCCCGUUGUUUUCAAUGGGACAAUGCACAUGAGUAAGAUGACUGGUGUGGAUAAGGGUUGCAGGACAGGGCCCUUUGGGUGAAAUUCUGUCUCCAAUGAAGUCAAUGGGAGUUUUGCUGUUUCAGUGGAGCCAGGAUUUCACUUUCCAUCUGUAACACUAAUGUUGAUACAUUCUAUAGGGCUCUUCUGCAUUUUGCCUUAUUGGUAACAGGAGGGCUCUUAGUGUGACAUAUCCACUCUGAUAAUGUACAGUGAGGCUGUUACAUUCCACUUUGAACAGCUUUUUGGGGGGUGGUUUGAACAUUCAAGCAAAAUCACAUAAGAGAAAGGUCAUGUAAAUACUCAUUGAAUAAGAAAUUGUAGUUCUGAUAAACCAAAGUUACUUGUUUUAUCCAACGUAUAUUGAAAUUUGAACGUGUUUGUUGUCUUCUGCAUUUUAUAAUUUGUAAUUUAUUGCCUUAAAUAAGGGAUGUUCUUUUUUAGUGUUCCCUUUUUAUUUUUAGCACACAAUAUUCUUGCUGCUGAGAUAGAGAAUGAGAAAAAUAUGAAAUAUCCUCUGAAGAAACACACUAAAUAUUCUGUAUUCUCUUGUUCUCCUGUUUGUAAACUGAAAACUUGAUAUAUAUUUUUAAUAGUUUUGUUUUUACUAUCUUUGUUAGUAAUAAAAUAUUAUAUUGUUCAAUA